GUGGCGGCGGGGGUGUUGGGCCGACUGCUGGACGCGGCUCAGCAGCCGCACUCGCUCUUUGAGGUGGCGGCGGUGGUCACGCAGCCGCCGUCCAGUCGGGGCAGGGGGCGCAGUAAAGGACAGCUGCAGCCGACCGCCGUGGGACAGCUGGCAGCAGAUCGCGGCCUGCCGGCCGACCGCAUCCUCUCGCCCGCCACGGCUCGCGAUCCCGCCUUUCUGGAGGCGCUGAAACACCUGCAGCCAGACGUGUGCAUCACUGCAGCAUAUGGAAACUUCCUCCCGACUUCCUUCCUCUCUAUCCCGCUCCAAGGCACUGUGAACAUUCACCCCAGCCUGCUCCCCAAGUUCAGAGGAGCGUCACCCGUGCAGCGAGCACUGGAGCAAGGGGUGAGGGAGACGGGAGUGACAGUGGCGUACACGGUGCUGCAGAUGGAUGCGGGGCCCAUCAUCGCACAGGAGAGGGUGGCCGUGGCGGAUGACAUUCAAGCGCCCGCACUGCUAAACGACCUCUUCCAUCGAGGCACGCACCUACUACUGCAGCAUCUGCCCACUGUGCUGGAUGGCUCUGCGGCUGCCACUGCCACGCCGCAAGACGACUCCCAAGCCACCCACGCUGCUAAGGUGGCAGCGGAGGAGGGCAUCCUCGACUUCUCUCUGCCCGCCCUCACACUGCACAACAAGAUUCGGGCGUUCGCACCCUGGCCCGGCACCCGAGCCUCGUUCAUAACCAAGGACCCAGUCACGGGCGACGUGGACAACGUCUCCCUCAAGCUGCUGCGCACCAAGCCCCGCCCUGCUGCCCCCUCCUCCUCCCCGCCUGGCCCCGCGGUGGCACCGGAGGAGGUGGAGGAGGUGCGGCUGGAGGGGCAGGCCAUGCUCGUUCCGUGUGACGAUGGCUCCGUGCUUGAGGUGCUGGAGGUGCAGCCAGAGAGCAAGCGCCCCAUGCCAGCCAAGGCGUUCUGGAACGGCCUCCGCGACCGCAAGCUCUACCGCCCCGCCUGA